UCUGUGAUUUUCUAGGCAUUCAAACAACAUGGAGGAGGAUCCGAUAAUCACGGACGAGAAUGAGGACGAGGCAACGCUAAUCAAUCUCACUCAGAAAGUCGAAGCGCUCGAGAAAGAAAAGCUCGAACUCGGCAACCAGAACAAACAAGUGAAGGAGAAGAUCAAGAACCUAACCCUACAAGUUGACCAAUUAAGAAACAAGGAAGACGAGGCGGAACCUGAACCGGACGAAUGGGAAGAUGAUAACGCCGUCCUCGAAUCGCUCGCCUCCAGGUCCGCCGAUCUCGAAAACGAGGUCUUCAGGCUGCAGCACGAUCUCAUAACUUCCAUGCGCGAAAUAGACGAGGCCAACAAAGAGGCGGUUGAUCUGAAGAGAGGUCUGGAAGAGAAAGAGGCGGUGAUCGAAUCGUUGGAGAAGGAGAUGGAUGAUCUGAAGAAAGAGAAAAUGGAGAUCGAGAGGAAAGAGAGGGAUAUGGAGAGGAGAUUAGGGAUUCUACAAGUGAGGGAGAUAGGAGAAAGGAGUAGAAACGUACGGACCGAAGAGGAAAUGAAGGAGAAAAUCGAUGGAUUGCAGAAGAAAGUCGAGGCACUGGAAGCCGAGGCGGCGAGGACGGGGCUUGAACUGGAGAAAACCAACGCGGAAACGUUAGAAUUCGAGGAAAGGGCGUUGAUGUUGGAGUUCAACAUAUCGGAGUUGAAGAAAGUGGUGGAAAGGAAGAAGAGUGAAGGCAAUAAAGAAACGUCGACGGUUAAAGCCUUCAAAGCGUGUUUGUUUAGGAUAACGGCGGGAUCAGCGGCGGUUCUGUUCGCGGCUGCCGUGGCCUAUCUAUUCCGUAGGAAGUGA